GCCUACGACUCCCGGCAGGCCACGCGCGCGCGAGUCCGUCACCCACCGGCGUCUAGCGGCGCGCCUGGGUCACGUGCCCCGAGCCCGCCUGGCGGUGGCGGCACCCCUAACUAACCCGGAGCGGAGCGGCCAGCACCGCCAUGGCCUCGGGGCCGCUGCCCAGCGCCUUCCCGCCAGGGCCCAGCGCCCGCCGCCUCGCCGUCCUGGGGCCGCUCGGCGCGCGGGCCUCGUCUGCCGGGCCGGCCUGCGCAACGCCGCGGGUCUGGAGGAAGCACCGGUUGGAGGAAGAGCCGGAGGGGUGUCCCCCGGGCAAGAAGGCGGCGGCGGGGUGGCCGUGCUGCUCGAGGGCAACCCCGGGCCCGCCGGAAGCGUCCUGCGAGGAAAUGGAACAGGUCGGGCCGGAGCAGCAGUGCGAGGCUGCCCGUCGGAGGCUGCAGGAGAUCGAGAACAGGAUCACUGAGGAGGAGGAGGAGGAGGAGGAGGAGGAAGGAGGACCUGCAGGCCGGCCCGAGGGCCACCUGCCCACCCUGGUCCUGUCCCGCACGCUACAAACCGGACUGAAGCAGGACUAUGAAGGGACCUUGACCAAGAAAAUCAUUGAGUCCAUGAGCCGUCCGUCAAUGGAGCUGGUGCUUUGGAAGCCUCUCCCUGAAUUUCUCCCUGAAAAAGAAGGUCUGGCUUGUAUUAAGAGCUACAAGCCAUUGGUCACAGAAAGACGCCUUGGAAAGCUGGCAGCCCUGGAAGCUGCCUUUCCCACACAGACAGACAAAUUCCCGACACAGUCUCAGCAGGCAGAAAUGCCCUUGGCCCACUUCGGGGCAGUUGGAUCAGGUGGGCCUGCGGAAGAAGAGAUGGAGCUGUAGAAGGGAAUGAAGCAAGUGCUUUACUUUUACUUUCUGGACAAGCAGAGAUUGAAAGAUGCCGUUCGUUAGGAAUCCAGGGGCUUAGUUAUAAAAUCUAGGAUGUGGAGAAGGCACUUGGGGCUCCUGAAAAUAAGCUGGCUGGUUCUUCGUGUCAUCUUUUUACACAGCGAGAUGCCAAACCUUAUGUCUCAUCCUUUAUGCCCAUUAAGCCUGAAGCCUUGUUUUCUUGGAGCACCAGUCUAGAGUUUGGGUCUUUUUGAUUAUGAAAUUUGAUUGCUUGUGACAAAUGCAGCAUUCAUUUCUGCUACAGCCUUUCAAAAUUUGAGCUGAGUAGGCAAACCUGAAGUUCCGUUGUUUCUAGCUAUUCACAGGAAAUGUCUCUUCAGGCAUGGGGAUACAGAUCCGUCUUCACCAACUCAAGAUCAGUUGGUGGCAUUGACUUGCAGACUCUGUUGUAAGAACAGAACAUGUGAGCCAUUGAGCCAGGAGUGAUUCACAUUGGCCUCUAUGCCCUGCGGUCCCUCUCUUGAGAAUCUCAGUGGGCACUAGUAGCAUUGAGGGAAAUAGAUCAUGGUUGUGGCAACCUAGCUGAGCACAGCUAUUGGUAGAAAAUGUACCAGUUAAAACAUCAGACUGCCUAAGCUGUCAUAUUAUGCACUUUUUAGCUUCUUGUGUUCAAGGAGCCAAUUGGCAGUCUAGCGCUCUGAAAUUCUGGGAGCACCACUGCAAAUGAAAAUUAUUGCAGGAAUGUUUAUGUAUAGGAAAUAAGUUUUUCUAGGAAAAGCUCAAGCUUUGCACACUGCCUACGAGAAAGCUGGGAAAGGCAACCUCAGUUGAUUUUUUUUCCCUGUGAAGGAGGACUUGAAAGUAGCUUGUGCAUUUUGAGUUUGAUUUUCAAUUUUCUGCCGAUACUUUCUUGGUUCCAAAAUGUAUUAGCUUUCGUAGCUAAUCAUCUUGUUUAAACUUAACAUUGUGCAGAUCUCAGCAAAUCUAUUCUGAUGUUUACAACUCAAUUUUUUAUAUUGCUACUUUGUGAAAUUGUCUCUGCUUUUAAGUAACCUUUUCAUUUAGCAAAAGCCUUUGUGCCUCUCUUCUGUUUGAAUAGCAAGCCCAUGUCACUCUAAAAGCUUCUAAUCUUAAAUUAGGGAAGGAGCCAGACAGCCCUUCCAGCUCUCCCAGCGAGAGCACAGCAAGUGCUAAGCAACCACAGGUGGGAAUUGGCUUUGCCUACAUCCUGCAAAACCCAAAUCUGACUUUUAUCAGAGCUGUUUCAGGUUAAUGUUGGUUAGAUUUUGCUCUGGUGUAAAAAAGGACAUGUUUCUUCAACUGUACAUAAAGUAACAUCCCCAAUUGUUGGAUUGGCCUUGAAAUUACCCACCCUCCUUCACUCGAGGGUUAAAAAAAAAUCUUUUUGAGUGUAUCCAAAAGUGUAAUUUUUGGAGGGAUAGAUGGAACAAGAAUUGCUUGAGAUGGGAACUCUGGGAGCGUUUCUGUUGGAUAGUUAAUAUAGACACCAGCAACACUGCAUUGUGGUCUGCCUGCCAUUGGGCCAAAUCACAAUUUGUAUGUCAAUAAACUUUUUUUAAAAAAAA